AUGGCCUCAUGGCUCGGUGACAGUUCCAUUAACUCCACACAAAAGAAUAAUAAAACAUUUUUAAAGAGUGAAUUUACUGUCGAUACCAACGCCGAUUUAUAUUACGAGUCUUUAGAUAAGCAUUUUGGAAAAUUUGGAGUGUGUGACGAUGUAAAGCUUGCUGCAGAAAAUGUGACGUCGGAAAAUAAAAUAUCACAUAAAACUAAUAAUAUUGAAUAUAAUGGAUUGUUACCUCAUGAUGAACCUCCUGAUAUGUCAAAGACAGAGGUUAAAAUCAGUAUGGAAAACAAUCAUCGUAAGCAGGAAGACCAUGGUGCGAGAUACCGGUGCGAGCAAGAUGGCUGUGAGCGGACUUACAGCACUGUGGGCAACCUAAGAACCCACAUGAAGACACACAAAGGUGAAUACAGGUUCAAAUGUCCAAUGCAGACAUGUGAUAAGGCAUUUCUCACAUCGUACAGCUUAAAAAUACAUGUUCGCGCGCAUACGAAAUCGAAGCCUUUCGUCUGUACAAUGGGCAACUGUAGGAAGGCUUUCAAUACAUUAUACAGAUUACGAGCCCACCAGAGGUUACACAGCGGGGAUACAUUCAAUUGUCAGGCCGACGGCUGUUCUAAAUUCUUCACGACACUUAGCGACUUGAAGAAACAUACACGCACGCAUACACAAGAGAGACCUUAUAAAUGCAGAUCGGACGGAUGCAGCAAGUCAUUCACAGCAUCACAUCACCUUAAGGCGCAUUCUCGCACACACCGGCCCCACGCACCCAACGUGCCCAACCACCAGGUAGUAACAGAAAAUAACUUGUUGAAAAUAAUUGAAGCUACUACAAAGAGUCCGACAAAAACAAAACCGGCCAACGACUGGCCGAAUUGGGAUGGACUACUGGAAUCCUUUGGCCGGAUUACGACGGAGUCAAACUCUACAGAUGGUAGUUUAGAAGAUAUUGCCCGAGUAAACUCACUUAAUAAUAAUGUAGACUUAACUGAACUCUUUUUUGAUAAUGCUACUAAUCCAACUAAAAGUAAUAACAGUCUAACAGAUUACGAUUUAACUAAUUUAGCUACUAUAUCGCCAUAUGAAGUAGAAAAGAAGAAAAAUCCAGAAGAUGCAUGGGUUGACGUAUCUGAUUUUCAAGUAACAGUGCCUUUAGAAAGUGAAAUUGUUGGCGACACUAAAAUGGAAGUGAAAACGAAAGCUGUACAAUUGGCUUUAGCCAAUGAGAUUGAAGUGCAAGCGCCAUGGGUGGACGUCAGCGCCUUAGCAGCUUCAAUAUCAGAAACACCAGUCAGCAUAAAAGAAAAGACACCGGAAAAUAUUUUUACUCUUGCAACGUUCGUGCCUACGCAUAUGCAAAGCUAUAUCGACUUAAAUUCCGAUGUAACACCUACAGCAAAUCUUAUGUCACAAGGCUUCCAUUUAGAUACUCCAAGCAUACUAGAUGUUGGUGAUAAAGUAUUUAAUGAUAGCGAACUUGUAACAAAUUUAGGACAUAGUAAACUUGAUAAUGUAAUUGAUAAUUUGUUAGAAACUACAAACGAUGAUAGAUCUCUCAAUACUCCACCGCCUUCUAAAGUACAACAAAAUAUAGAAAUAAAUCCGGCUAAUUCUGUUCUCUUCAAUACGGAAUUAGCACUUGAAGAUACUUUGCUGUUUAACAAUGAACCACCGUCUGAUAUGUAUGUGGUGAGAACGGAAAACAUAUUUGGAAAGGAAAUAGCUAAGAGGAACGCUUUAGAGCAGCUAGCAACAGAUGCAGGAAUAUGUUCAUGUUCAGAUUGCAAAUGUGAUCCAAACAAUGAAUGCGAGAAUUGUUCACAAAAAGAAAGUUCUCCUGAAUCACGAAAAUGUCCGGAAGAUAAAUGCUCAUGCGUUGAUUGUAAAUGUAAUCAUGCUGAGAUGAAAUGUGCUGUCGGAUGCGGCCGAGCUACAGAUACGAAUCACAACACGUUCAUACAUUAUCACCGGCGGCAUAAUAAUUCAAGUUUAGAGGAACUCGGUGUUUACACAAUACAUGAAUGUGAUCAGGAUGUGUCUGCUAAUGCAAUCAUCGAUAAACUAAAAUGUUCAUGUAAGUCUACUAAUUCUAGCAAUUGUAACAAUUGGAGCGACAAUGAUACCACGGAAUCGUGUUGUGACAAAACCAACAAUAAUAGUAAGUGGUGUUGCGUAACAAUAUGUUUUAAAAAACUCGACGCGUUUAAACAAUUCUUAACGGAUAAUGACUUAUUAGAAGCUUUGAAAGUUCACAAUUUUAAUCUAACAACUAGCUUGUAAAUAGUUGCUUUAUAUACCGCUGCAUUUAAUAUGUACAAAGUAUUUGAGUUCCUUGCAGUAUGUUAUGUUUUGCUAUUAGUAUUUCUUUUUAUGUUUUGUUGAGUUUUAUGUAUUGUUAGUAUGAUUGAAACAGGGUUUAUGUGUUAUAGUAUUUGUGAUGCUUCUAUUUUAUUUAGAAUAGACCUGUAUGUUUUUAUUCAUGUUAUAUUUUAAUACUUAAUAUUUGUAAUGCCUUUAACUGUAGGCAUGAAUCACUUAUUUGGUAUAAUGUUACUAGUUAUUAAUA